GUGGUGAUGUGGUCUGUGGCCAAUGAGCCUGCCUCCGCCCUGCCGCCUGCUGGCUACUACUUCAAGACAGUGAUUGCCCACACCAAAGCUCUGGACCCCACAGGGCCCGUGACCUAUGUGACCUUCACCAGCUAUGCCACAGACCUGGGGGCCCCGUAUGUGGACGUGAUCGGCAUCAACAGUUACCAUUCCUGGUAUCAUGACUCUGGAUACUUGGAAGUGGUUCCCAUACAGCUGACCUCCCAGUUGGAGGCCUGGCACAGCACCUACCAAAAGCCCAUCAUUCAGAAAGAGUACGGGCCUGACGCCAUCGCAGGGUUUCACCAGGACCCGCCCCUCAUGUUCAGUGAGGAGUACCAGCGGAGCCUCCUGGAGCAGUACCACCUGGUCCUGGACCAGAAGCGCCGCGAGUAUGUGGUGGGCGAACUGAUCUGGAACUUUGCGGACUUCAUGACCGCCCAGUGUAAGUGGAUGGGAAGGGCCUUUGCUGGGCUGUGGUCUCGGGGCAUCAGGCGGUAAGAAGAGCUGGUCUAGUAGGUGUGGGCUGAGCAGAGCAACUUGCAUGCUGGGGCCUUUGCAGCUGCAAAUCACUCCCUCA